AUGAAAAAUAAUAAACAAUCAAAUGUUACUUACAAUUUUAAUAAAGAAGAUAAUUGUGAAGUAUUAAAUAAAAGUAAUUCUAAUUCAACUAAUAUAAAGAAUUAUUUUAUUUAUUGGUUUAAAAUAAUAUUAUUUAUUAAUUUUAUUACAUUAUGUUUUAUUAUUUUAUUUCUCUUAAUAAGUUUUUAUAAAAUUGAAAAGAUUUCUAAGAAAGCUAAAGUAGUUGUAGAACGUUCAAUAGAAUUUAGAAAUGUUUUUAAUGAAAUUAUAGAAUUAGUUAGCAAAAUAAUGAACUAUGAUGAAGAGAAAUUAAAAACUUUAAUUGAUGAUGUUAAAAAAAUUUUAUCUAAAAGUAUAGAUGUUAUAACACCUGAACAAGUUUUACCAUCGAGUAGUCAAUAA